UGCUGUCUGCAAACUGAUAAUAUCGCUAAAGCAUUAGAUCGCAGAUGCCGCGGAGGCAGAGAGCUUUAUACUGUAUUGUCUUCAUAAGAUAUUUAUUGCAGUUGCCAAGCUGUGAUAACUUGCAAAUUCCUCAGUAUGCCAGGAUGAGUAAUAGUUAAUUUUCUGGCGGAGCUCAAUACAGCACCUCUAAUGUUUGAUGAUGUCUAUAGCAUUCUCCCUGUACUGCGAAGUAGCGGUUUCUUCUACAGAUAGUUGUUGAAGCUUGUGAGACAGACUGCAUAAAGAAUCUCUUUUCACCUCUGUGGAAUGGUUGGCUUAUCCUUUCCAGUUGUGGAAUGGCUGUGAAUUCAAAAGUAUGGAUGAGAACUUAAAGGCAUGGAACAUUAAGAUUUCUUGCUCUAAGAGGUUGAGAGGUAUGAAGCUGUCCACUGACUAACAUGCAUCAUAGACACACUGGUCAUCUUGGAAGAUCUGAAUAUUGAUUGGAGGAAUCAGCAAUCCUUCCAUCUAAAGUAAUAGUUGUUCAUCUUAUCUAACUACCAACACAGAUUAGCAUGGGUAACACAAAGCUUGCUGACAUAUUGGAAAAAGGAGUGUAGUUUACAUAUAUUUUGGGUCACAGAAUAGCCCCUAAUUAAUGGAGAACCAUUUCUGCAACAUCAAACAUCUUGCUGGUGUCUGCUACAUGCAGAAGAAUGGAGGAGGAAUGAAAUAAAACAGAACCCAUUUAUCUCUGCAAGAAAAAUGCAGUGUAAGGUCUUGUUACAUUGAAGUUACAUUGACACUAAAGGUAACAUCAUCACUACUGAGUCAGGUUCCCCAUUCCAUUUGCAAUAAAACUGGCCAAUUCUUCCUGAAACUCCACAGGUAUCAAGUUUAAAUGGUACUUGAAGGAAAACAGAACUUUUUCCAGAUAACCCACCAGGAUCGUACAAGUAAGAUUUAGUUCAUUUGGAAGACAGAGGUGGAGACUGGCAAAAUACAUUACUGAAAAAAGAAUUGAUGUGGCAACUUAGACUUGCAGCAAACUGUCCCCCUGGCUUAAAUGAACAUUUGAAUUUGGCGCCUAUCUUAAAGGAAAGGUACUUUAUGGCUAACCUAUUGAUGGGCUGGAAUUUUAUAUUAAACUGAAACUGUGAUUUCAAACUGCUGUUUGGAUUUAAUGGAAGAAAAUUGAAAGAUUUCAUCAAAAGGUAAUCCAGAUAUUGAGAAUGGAAACUGCCUACACUGAAAAUUUUAGCUAUAUAGAGUUAUCAUAAACAUUACCGAACUGAGUUAUUGAACAUGGAUUAUAAAGAAGCACCAGCUCAGGAAAGGAGGGAGGUGUAAUAUCUAACAGCUGCCAUGAGACUUGUCUGGAAAUCUGUAGAUAAAAUGAGGUGUUUUCGGAAACGAUCAACAAUUCCUGUCCUGGGAAUAGUAGCUACCUGCUUGCUUUUUAUGAAUUUAUAUAUUGAGGAUGGAUAUGUUUUGGAAGGUGACAAAAGGCUUAUUAGAGAAACUUCUACCCAUCAACUGAAUUCAGAAGGUUAUGUCCACACUUUUAAAUAUUUAUCUAACUUCUCAGGAUCAAUUAAUGUUACAUACCGUUACCUUGCCGGAAUGCCAUUAGCUAGAAAAAGAUAUCUUACAAUAGGACUUGCUUCCGUGAAAAGAAAGAAAGGAAAUUAUUUGCUUGAAACUAUAAAGUCCAUAUUUGAACAGUCAAGUUAUGAAGAACUGAAAGAAAUUGUUGUUGUAGUGCACCUAGCAGAUUUUGACUUGGUCUGGUGUGAAAAUGUUGUCCAGGAUAUAUCUAGGAAAUUUGCCCACCAUAUAAUUUCUGGUAGGUUAAUGGUUAUCCAUGCACCUGCAGAAUAUUAUCCCUUGCUUUACGGACUGAAGAGAAACUACAAUGAUCCUGAAGACAGAGUGAAGUUCAGGUCAAAACAAAAUGUCGAUUAUGCCUUUCUGCUUAAUUUUUGUGCCAAUCUCUCAGAGUAUUAUAUAAUGCUUGAAGAUGAUGUCCGAUGUUCAAAAAAUUUUUUAACUGUGAUUAAAAAAGUAAUCACUUCAAGAGAAGGUUCGUAUUGGGUAACCUUAGAAUUCUCCAAGCUAGGAUACAUUGGAAAGGUUUACCACUCUCAUGACCUACCUAGGUUGGCUCAUUUUCUGCUAAUGUUUUAUCAGGAAAUGCCAUGCGAUUGGUUACUUAUCCAUUUUCGUGGAUUGCUAGCACAAAAGGAAGUGAUGCGCUUUCGGCCAUCUUUGUUUCAGCAUAUGGGAUAUUAUUCAUCCUACAAAGGUGCUGAGAAUAAGUUGAAAGAUGAUGACUUUGAAGAAGACUCGUUUGAUAUCCCCGAUAAUCCACCUGCAAACCUGUACACAAAUAUAAAUAUUUUUGAAAGCUAUGAAUCCAGCAAAGCAUACAGCAGUGCUGAUGAAUAUUUUUGGGGAAAGUCUCCUUCUGCAGGUGACUUCUUCUUGAUUGUCUUUCUCAAAGCUGUAAAAAUUAACAAAAUUAAGAUACAAACAGGGACAGAAGAUCGACAGAAUGACAUUUUGCAGUAUGGUACAGUAGAAGUUGGAGAAAGUGUUGUGGGAACUAAAAAAGGUAAACAAUGCUCACGUUACCUUACCCUGGGUGAGUUUAAAAAUGGGAACUUUGAAAUAGCAAAUUUGGAACACAAACUUAUGUUUGAUACUGAAUGCAUACGCAUUCUUAUCACAAAAAGUCAAAAAGAAUGGCUUAUAAUAAGGAGUAUUAGUAUCUGGACGUCUCAGCCUCCAAACCAAUGAUUCAGUAUUGAUGCAUUGAUGUACUGUAAAUACUUUUGUGGGUAGCAACUGAACGAUUAUUUAUUGAAACAUCUCGAAAUUUUGAAUUAAGUAUUUUGUGAAAUCAUAUUUUAUUUUUAUUUUCAGAUGUCUUUAUGUCCAGAAAAGCUAAUUAAUAUGAAUCAUGUAAUUUUGAACAUGAAUCCCUGAAAAGAUUUAUAUGUCAUUCAACCAUGUAUUCUGAUUGUGUGAGAAGUAAAAGAACCCGUUGGGAAUUCAAAUGUGUUAUAGAAUGUAACUAUAUGUUCCUUCAAACACAGUUUUAAACAUGAGCACUUAAACUUU